AUGGAUGAAAGACAUUGGUGGAUAGCUGGAAAGAUUCGUGAAAGUUUCAAACUUGGCAAUGUCGGGAAUCUUGCAUUCCUGGAGAGUUUCAUGUGCCAGGAGAAUAUACUUUCAAAAGUUAAUUUAUUUCUGAAAGCAGGAGGACCAUGUCGUCUCUUUUUCUACAGCAGCAAAUCGCUUGUAUCUGAUAUUACCACAAAUGAAAUCCAAUGCACUGGAAAUCUAGCAACCCUAAAGGACAUAGACUUGAACAAUGUCACAGUUCUAUACUUUUUAAGAAACAAAACAGACAAGGAUGUGGAUUCGGUUAAGAUGGAAAGAGAUAUAUACUGUGGAGAGUUGAAACAGAAUACAGUAGGAACUUUGAAUUCUUUACUUGUGGACAUUUAUUUGCCGCUGAUAAAGGCACAGAAAGAAUGGGGCCAUUGCAGCGAAGAAGAUCAAACAAAUCUCAUGUUGAGUAUGGAUAAGUUUGUUACUGCACUCAACGAGACUUCAGCAUCUGUGUCCCCUUCACGACAAACAGUAUUAAGGCAGCCAGAAAAUUUGGUUGAACAAGAUUUUAAAAUGCAACGAAUAGCAGCCCUUGACCCACAGCUUAUCAGUGAAUAUGAGGAACUUGUCAGCGAUUGGAUCAGCACAAUUGAGACGAUUCUAAAUGAUACAGCUGAUGACAGAAUCCUGGACCCAAAUGCUAAUUCUUUGUCAGAGCUGGAGAAAUGGAGGCGUCGUCAGCGGUUGUUAGCAGGUGUUACUGAACAACUCAAAGGGAAGGAAUGUAAAGUAGUUCUUGCAGUACUGAUCACUGCAAAAUCCAAGCUGCUCAAGAAGUGGAAAGUCAUUGAUGCCAGCAUCACAGAUGGCUUGAAUGAUGCAAAAGAUAAAGUGAAAUACAUGGAGUCAUUGAAGCGACACUUGGACAAAAUGUGCCAGAAUGCCAGCCCAACAAACAUGAUUAGUCAUGUAUUACCUGGCCUGAUGAACUCCAUGAAGCAGAUGGACUCCGUCUCUCGUUUCUAUGCUCGCUCCGGGUUUCUUGGUGUAUUACUUACAAAGGUCACCAAUCAGCUUGUGCAGAUCUGCAAAGAAUACAUUAAACAGCAUACAUGGAAUGUUUUGGAAGACAGAGAUGAACUAUGGGACAAAAUAGCAGAAGAAGUGAAUGACUUUAUCACUGUGUAUCAAGGUGACCCCCAACAUAAAACUUUCAACAAAAUGGUUGAAAAUAAACUCAGGGAAUCUAGAACAAAGAUCAGAAGCUCAGGAGAUGUUCUUGAUACAGAGGAUAGCUUGUGUGCAAGACUGCAACUGUGCUUGUCACUCCAGACUUUCUACAGGGAGUCACUGCGAUCACUUAGAGAGGCACUUGUGAAGUCGCAGAAUCAAUCCCGCCUGUCAUCUGUCAGCAGUUUUUCAAUUGUUAACUUCCCAUUCAAGAAAGACAGUACAGUCUCUGGUAAAAAACCUGCCCACGGCAAGCGUGGAACAAAUAUUUCCAAUUAUGGUGUGCCUCUUGCUGAUGAAGAUACUAUUUUAGCUCACUUGGACACAUUCUGCAGCCGAAUCCGCCAAACGCUUGAAGUCGUCAGCACAGUAUCCCAGUUUAGUAGGCUCAGUAAUGGUUUGAUUGACAUCCCACGACCAAGGAAGGAAGAUCUAACUGUUGAGAGAUCAGCAGAGGACCACAGAUAUAGGAAGGCUAAAGAUCCUUUAUUAGAAGUAUUGCAUGAAGAAACUGAUGAGAACAGUUUUGGGAAAACUGCACUCCACAUGACAGGAACACAAGACUCCACUCUCUCUGCCAUUGACGAGGAUGAGGAGCAUGUGCAGAAUGACCUGGCAGAUAAUAAAAAUACAGACCAUUUGAAGUUGCCAUUCAACCCUGCAUUUGACAAUCCACUUGAUGGUCUUUCAGAGGAAGAUGUAUCUAUUCUUAAACAAUUCUACAGUGAUGAUGUAGAUGGACCCAGUGUAUCAGCAGUUGUGAAUCAGCAUCUUGCCAGAAUCAAUGAGACUUUGAAAGAUUACUUGACCACAAGAACUGUCCUUGAUGUUGAAUCCAAGGAGAAGGACAUAUUUGGCUCUGGUUAUCAUAAAUUUCAAGAUAUUGUCAAAGAUCUAGAGAAGUUUCUCAGGGCAUAUCUGAAUGCCAUUUUUCUUCAUAAAAUGACAACACAACAAGGGCUGGACAUACUCACUAAAUUCAGCCCUGUCGCCAACCGCUUUGGUAUCAAAGGAAUUGUUGCUGACAAAUUUGUCCAUGUAUUUGAAUGGUAUGAGUCAGAUCUCAAAGUUGUGCAAGCAAUUUAUGAAGACAAUAAGGAUCACCCAUUACUUGUGAGAGAUGCACCACCUGUUGCUGGCGCCAUCUGCUGGUCUAGGCAGCUGCUUAAACGGAUUGAGGAUCCAAUGAAAAUCUUCCAAGAAAAUAAGGCAGUGACAUCACUUGUGGAUUUUGGAAGCCAGGUGCGCAUCUACAAUAGACUGGCCACUGCCUUGGUCACAUUUGAGAGUCUUUGGUUCACACAAUGGAAGAAAAACAUAGAGGAAGUCCGCAGUGGGCUCAGGUCCACUCUUUUUAUGCUUCACCCAGAAACAGGGGAGAUUAUUGUAAAUUCAGAUAACAGAAUUCUGGAGCUGAUUCAGGAAGUCAAGUGGAUGACUAGACUUGGUAUCCAGAUACCCAAAUCAGCACUGGCUGUGUUAGAACAGGAACAGAAAUAUAAGAGCUACAAGAGCCAUUUAGAACUUGUUCUAAAGGAUUUUAG